CGCCGCAUCUCUCUCAAGUUGGAGCUACUACAGACAGACUGCAGACGCAUCACAAGCUCCUCAUACUUGGUAUAGAAACCAAGCGAAAUCAAUCAAUCUACAAACCAAGCGAAAUCAAUCAAUCUACAAACCAAGGAAGAUAAAAGGGAUGAAGUUUACGAAAUGAUAGCAGCUGCUCUAUGCACAAAAUAUGUUGAUUGGUGACCACGAAUGAAUGCAGCACAACAUGAGGCAGAUUUCUCCCGCCGCUCUCACCUCACCCAACUCCCCCCUCUUUCUCUCCCCCGCCCCACGAAUCAGAACUCUCGUUUCCAUCAAAUUUCGCAUCAGGUCAAUGUCAUCGCAUAUUGUGGGGUAUCCCCGUGUGGGUGCAAAAAGAGAACUUAAGUUUGCACUGGAAUCCUUCUGGGAUGGAAAGAGCAGUGCCGAGGAACUGCAGAAGGUUGCAUCUGAUCUCCGUGUCUCAAUUUGGAAGCAGAUGGCAGAUGUUGGUAUCAAGUAUAUUCCUAGCAACACAUUCUCGUUUUAUGAUCAAGUGUUGGAUACCACUUCAAUGUUGGGUGCAGUUCCCUCAAGAUACGGUUGGAAGGGGGGUGAGAUAGGAUUUGAAGUUUAUUUUUCAAUGGCUAGGGGCAAUGCCUCUGUUCCUGCAAUGGAGAUGACCAAGUGGUUUGAUACCAACUACCAUUAUAUUGUCCCAGAGUUGGGGCCAGAUGUCGAGUUUUUUUAUGGAUCUCACAAGGCAGUGCAAGAAUAUAAGGAGGCUAAAGCUCUCGGUGUUGAUACAAUUCCUGUCCUCGUUGGUCCUGUUUCUUAUUUAUUACUAUCAAAACGGGCAAAGGAGGUUGAGAAGUCAUUUUCGCUUCUUUCCCUGAUAGAUAAGAUCCUUCCUAUUUACAAGAAAGUUGUGGCUGAACUAAAGGCUGCUGGUGCUAGCUGGAUUCAGUUUGAUGAGCCUUCUCUUGUCAUGGAUCUUGAUUCUCACCAAUUGGAUGCAUUUACUCAUGCAUAUAAAGAAUUGGAAUCUUCGGUUUCUGGCUUAAAUGCCCUUAUUGAGACAUAUUUUGCUGACCUCACUGCUGAGGCAUAUAGUACUGUUACUGCGUUGAAGGGUGUUACAGCUAUUGGGUUUGAUUUGGUCCGUGGACCUAAGACACUUGACCUAAUCAGAAAUGGAUUUCCUCCUGGAAAACAUCUUUUUGCUGGAGUUGUUGAUGGAAGAAACAUUUGGGUUAAUGACCUUGAAGCUUCUCUAAGUACCUUGAAGGCUUUGGAGGUUGUGGUGCCGAAAGACAAGCUCGUGGUAUCCACAUCAUGUUCUCUGCUUCAUACCGCAGUUGAUUUGGUGAAUGAAAAUAUGUUGGAUGGAGAGCUGAAGUCAUGGCUUGCAUUUGCUGCACAGAAGUUACUUGAAGUCAAUGUGUUGGCAAAGACACUAUCUGGACAGAAGGAUGAGGCGUUCUUCUCUGCUAAUGCAGCAGCUCUUGCUUCUAGAAGGUCAUCCCCAAGAGUGACUAAUGAGGCUGUUCAGAAGGCUACUGCUGCACUGAAGGAAUCCGACCACCAUAGAACUACAGUUGUCACUGCCAGGCUGGAAGCUCAGCAGGAAAAGCUUAAUCUUCCCAUCCUUCCAACUACUACUAUUGGAUCUUUUCCUCAAACUGCUGGGCUUAGGAAAGUUCGUCGUGAAUAUAAGGCUGGCAAAAUAUCUGAGGAAGAAUAUGUCGAAACCAUUAAGAGUGAAAUAGCAGAAGUCAUCAAAAUUCAAGAAGAGCUCGGCAUUGAUGUUCUUGUUCAUGGGGAACCAGAGAGAAAUGACAUGGUGGAGUACUUUGGGGAGCAGCUAUCUGGUUUUGCAUUCACUGAAAAUGGCUGGGUUCAAUCAUAUGGAUCAAGGUGCGUGAAGCCACCCAUCAUAUAUGGUGACGUGAGUCGGCCCAAACCAAUGACAGUCUUCUGGUCCACAUUGGCUCAAAGCAUGACCAAGCGCCCGGUGAAGGGAAUGCUUACUGGCCCUGUCACAAUACUGAACUGGGCGUUUGUCAGGAACGACCAGCCCAGACAUGAGACGUGCUAUCAAAUUGCUCUCGCCAUGAAGGAGGAGGUUGAAGAUCUUGAGAAAGCUGGAAUCAAAGUGAUCCAAAUCGAUGAGGCGGCUUUGAGAGAGGGCCUGCCUCUCCGAAAAUCCGAGCAGGCAUUCUACUUGGAGUGGGCUGUGCACUCCUUCAGGAUAACUAAUUCUGCUGUUGAAGAUGCUACCCAGAUUCACACUCACAUGUGUUACUCGAACUUCAACGAGAUCAUGGGCGCGAUUAAAGACAUGGAUGCGGAUGUUGUGACAAUCGAGAACUCAAGGUCGAAGCAGAAGCUUCUCUCAGUUUUCAGGGAGGGAGUGAAGUACGAAGCAGGCAUCGGGCCCGGAGUGUACGACAUUCAUUCACCAAGGGUUCCCUCGACUCGAGAGAUUGCUGAGCGCAUUGAGGCGAUGCUGGCAGUUCUGGACGCCAAAAACAUGUGGAUCAAUCCAGACUGUGGCCUGAAAACGAGGAAAUACAGUGAGAUAAUGCCUGCGCUCACCAAUAUGGUUGCUGCGGCAAAGCUCGUCCGCAGUCGAAUGCACUUGGGAUGAUUUUUUCUACUGUAGGUUACACAUCUUCACGUGAGGACUUCUUCACACACUGAUUCUGGCUCGCCCAUUCCAAGUUGGGAGUUGGGUCAUGGGGUCGGUCUCUUGUCCCGUAGAGCAGAGCAGAGCAGAGGGCACCACGUUAGGCUAGUUUCACAGAGCAGUGACUACCUCCCACCUUUGGCAGUGGAAGGAUAAUGAGUUCGUUGUGUUUCUAGUCUUGAUCAGUUUUUCUUGAGGGCAUCUUCACAUGAUUCUCAGUCUUCCGUAUUAAAACUGACGCCUUUAUAACACA